AGACAUGGCGCUUCCACGGUCUCCGAACAAGAAUUGAAAAAAGAUCGAAACAAUCGCCGGCAUUGGAUCCAUGUCAAGUGUGCGCAAGAUUUUGUAGCGAGGACGCCGAACAAAAAAGUGACGUACGUGCGUCCGCCCUAUCAUUUUUACAGCGGUGGCGGAGCGGGUGGACUGGGAAUCCCGGAGGAACUUCGUAGGGCGAUUCAGGAGGCGGGUGGUGUUUGGAACUACUAUUGGCAGCGGCUGUUUAAGGUCGCCUGCCUUCCGUGUCCGCACUGUCGAGACCCGGUGCCUGUGUCCCGCUAUACAGAUCCACGAAAGCACGUUUGUGACGAGAAGUACUUGCUAAAGGCGAAGCAGGCGGCAAAAACACGUACGCGUGGCAACGCAAGGACGGACCGCACCCUGUGGCUUGCGACCGCGUUUUUCAGAGAG